AACCAAUCAGAUACCCUCCUCGAAAGGGCCUGAAAUCAAACACCCAGCCCUAUUAGAUAUUAGAUUAGAGAAGGGAUAAAGUCGAGAAUGACAUUCAAAUUGAACAACUGUGUGGUGUGGGCUUCGCCCCUUUUGUAAGGGUUUACGAGGUGAACUCGGAAGCGUGGGCGUCAAGCAUCAAGUGGAGGCGCCGAAUCGUUGCAAGAGGGGGUACUAAGCGGGAUCGACCGGUCAGAAGCCAAGCUGGCCAAAAGGCAUAGGGGUUCCUCUGAGCUGGCAGGCUCAUCUCACUGAUUGUGUGCUUUUAUUGGAUAACUCCCAUCAAGGGAAAGUGCACUUUAGCUCUAUUCCGUUUCCACAACGUGUUGAUUUCCCGCGUUGACCCCUAAACACUAUGGUAUGGCAUCAAGGUCGGCAACCCAAAAGGGUCGGGCCUCAACUGAUUGACUUAUUUAUAAGGGGAAAUCCACGAAUAUAUAUAUAACAAGACAAGCACUUGCAUACAGAAAGACCCCUUGCGCCUAGACCGAUAGCCCACGUCUUCCACGUAAGUAGUUGAGUUAACGCCCCUUUCGCAACAAGUGCUCGAGUAUGUAAACAACCUCUCCUUUCAGUCGAGUUGCUAAAGCACCUCUCGCAACAAGUGCUCGAGUCACUCCGUGCCUCUCCUUUGCUGUUCGAGUAAACAAGAAAUGCUCGAGUUACUAAAUACCUAAGGGGCCCCUCUCUGAUAAGGAAAAAAACGAAAAAAUCUCAAAUUUAUGAAAAAUCUGGUUCGAUGGCUGUUCUCCACAAACCACAAGGAUAUAGGGACUCUCUAUUUCAUUUUCGGUGCCAUUGCUGGAGUGAUGGGCACAUGCUUCUCAGUACUUAUUCGUAUGGAAUUAGCACGACCCGGCGAUCAAAUUCUUGGUGGGAAUCAUCAACUUUAUAAUGUUUUAAUAACAGCUCAUGCUUUUUUAAUGAUCUUUUUUAUGGUUAUGCCGGCGAUGAUAGGUGGAUUUGGUAAUUGGUUUGUUCCGAUUCUGAUAGGUGCACCUGACAUGGCAUUUCCACGAUUAAAUAAUAUUUCAUUCUGGUUGUUGCCACCAAGUCUCUUGCUCCUAUUAAGCUCAGCCUUAGUAGAAGUAGGUAGCGGCACUGGGUGGACGGUCUAUCCGCCCUUAAGUGGUAUUACCAGUCAUUCUGGAGGAGCAGUUGAUUUAGCAAUUUUUAGUCUUCAUCUAUCUGGUGUUUCAUCCAUUUUAGGUUCUAUCAAUUUUAUAACAACUAUCUUCAACAUGCGUGGACCUGGAAUGACUAUGCAUAGAUUACCCCUAUUUGUGUGGUCCGUUCUAGUGACAGCAUUCCUACUUUUAUUAUCACUCCCGGUACUGGCAGGGGCAAUUACCAUGUUAUUAACCGAUCGAAACUUUAAUACAACCUUUUUUGAUCCCGCUGGAGGGGGAGACCCAAUUUUAUAUCAGCAUCUCUUUUGGUUCUUCGGUCAUCCAGAGGUGUAUAUUCUCAUUCUGCCUGGAUUCGGUAUCAUAAGUCAUAUCGUUUCUACUUUUUCGGGAAAACCGGUCUUCGGGUAUCUAGGCAUGGUUUAUGCCAUGAUCAGUAUUGGUGUCUUAGGAUUUCUUGUUUGGGCUCAUCAUAUGUUUACUGUGGGCUUAGACGUAGAUACCCGUGCCUACUUCACCGCAGCUACCAUGAUCAUAGCUGUCCCCACUGGAAUCAAAAUCUUUAGUUGGAUCGCUACCAUGUGGGGGGGUUCGAUACAAUACAAAACACCCAUGUUAUUUGCUGUAGGAUUUAUCUUUUUGUUCACCAUAGGAGGACUCACUGGAAUAGUCCUGGCAAAUUCAGGGCUAGACAUUGCUCUACAUGAUACUUAUUAUGUGGUUGCACAUUUCCAUUAUGUACUUUCUAUGGGAGCCGUUUUUGCUUUAUUUGCAGGAUUUUACUAUUGGGUGGGUAAAAUCUUUGGUCGGACAUACCCUGAAACUUUAGGUCAAAUCCAUUUUUGGAUCACUUUUUUCGGGGUUAAUUUGACCUUCUUUCCUAUGCAUUUCUUAGGGCUUUCAGGUAUGCCACGUCGUAUUCCAGAUUAUCCAGAUGCUUACGCUGGAUGGAAUGCCCUUUCCAGUUUUGGCUCUUAUAUAUCCGUAGUUGGGAUUUGUUGUUUCUUCGUGGUCGUAACAAUCACUUUAAGCAGUGGAAAUAACAAAAGAUGUGCUCCAAGUCCUUGGGCUCUUGAACUUAAUUCAACUACACUGGAAUGGAUGGUACAAAGUCCUCCUGCUUUUCAUACUUUUGGAGAACUUCCAGCUAUCAAGGAGACGAAAAGCUAUGUGAAGUAAAAGAAGAAAAGGUCGCCGACUGCUACUAAGAA